UCUUUCUGUGGCAGACGUAAAAGCAUUACAGACUGUUCCCAACUUUGAAGGUUGUUUCUGUACUCUUUAGUGCUGUGAUGGAUAUUGGAGUGCACAUUUCGAUACAUUUUCUCUGAAGCCAGAGAGUGAUACUGCUAACUCCAGGAAAUGUUUUAGUUGGCCCGCAGUACAACGACAGAGUAAUUUCCCCGGGAAGUUGGUUUACAUACGGUACCCCCUCAAUGAUGGCUUGUGUGAGAUGACAAACGAGCCUUUGCGAUAGCUAAUGCUAUUCUAUGGAGGCAGAGCAGGCUGCCUCUGAGGACGAACCGCCCUCCCUGCUCUGGGGUCUGGAUCCAGUGUUUUCAGCUUUUGCCAGAUUGUACAUCAAAGACCUUCUUCUCAUGAGGGAAUCCCGCCAGGUCCCAGGCAUUUACCUCUACAAAUCUCAUCCAAUAUUCCAAGUCGAUAUUCUGGGGACUGUUGUGUUUAAACGUGAGCGGGAAGACUUCUACAGCUAUGGAGUUGACGAUGGCACAGGGGUUAUUAAUUGUCUGUGCUGGAAGUCAGAGAAGUGGAAGGAGCCAGAAGAACCAUUCAAAGCAGGGGGCAGAGCAGCGAGCAGCUCGUCUGCCGUGGGUCCUUCAGGGGGUUUUAACGUUGAGGAGCAGCUGAGGCGGCUGCAGCAGGCCCAGCGCGGCGCCUCCAUGCUGGAGAUCGGGGACCUGCUGCGGGUGCGUGGCUCCGUCAAGACCUCCAGAGGCCAGAGGGAGAUCAUGUCGUCCAACUUCUAUAAGGUGAGUGACCCGGUGAUGGCGCUGCAGAUCUCCUGGAUGCAGGAGCUGCCUCAGCUCUACCGGAGAUGCUACCAGAAACCCUUCCCCCUUUCUGAUGGAGAACCAGGCACCUGUGCUACAACCACCGGUGGACAGGCAUCCUUCUCCUCGCUUCUCGGUCGAGCCACUCAGACACUCAGGGACUUCCUGCGGGAGAAGGAAGUGAGGCGUUUCCGGCCGUACGACGUCGAGCACCUGUUGCUCCCCCUCGUCCCUCAGCUGCCCCCCCUGACAGGAAGUGAACAGGCUUCAGCAGCGGGGCCCUCGGUUCCCUCACACACACGCCACCUCCUCAGCGAGACGCUCCGGAUCUUACAGCAGGAGGGAACCCUGUUCCGCCGGGUGCUCUCUCAGGACGAGCUCUACCACGUAACUGAACAGGACAAAGACCUUCUGAUGGCCAUUAGGGACGUGAUCCAACAAGACUCCAAGCGGCAAAAAUACGCGGAGAAGGGCUGCCACAUCCUGCACAUCCUAUCCAGCGUGAGGCGCCGCUACAGCCAGAGCCUGAGUCGCCAGGCCCUGGAGGUCGGCCUUCGCUUCCUGGAGAGCAGCAGUGACAUCAUCAGCACCAGCGACUGCCACUACACCGUCGUCUGACUGCCCCGGCGAUGGAACUUUGACGGCAAAGCUGCAUCCGUUCAGGCCAGGGGCAGAAUUUUUGCGGCAAAGCCAGAGCGGUGAAGAAAGCUGAGACUAUUCCGGCCAAUACCAUGACAAGGCCAAGGCAGUGACAAUCUCUGUGUGUGUGGACGGUUUCCUGUUCGUUUUUUUCUUUACUUACUUUUUGCUCAACCACAGUAAAGUUUUAAACAUGGUGCCAGGUUGCAUUUUUUUAAAGGUAAAUUAGGGAAGAUGGUAAAAAAAAAAGUUUGAGUUUGAUUUCUGUGGAAGUUGUAUAUGCUUAGUUAAAUCAUGCACUUAACAUUUUUCAAAUCACAUUCGAAAACGUGAAACUUUUUGUCUUAACUUCAUAAGUGACGUAAUUCAUUCAUUAAUUCAUUAAAACCUGCUAUUUCGUCAUGUUAAAUUGGCCACCGAACCAGUAGGGUGUUCGACCUGCCACGAGGGGGGGACAUUUAUGCAUUGCCUAAUAAAUGUUUCACCGUCUCUGAGGAAUAGCUGUGUC